GAUCGACCUCCCUGUUUACGGUCAUUCUGCUCGGGACAUCCUGUCUGGCCAUGGGGACGGAGGGUUUGACUUUCUCCUCGACACUUUCAGGCGGAUCUCCUGAGAACAACCGCCAAGAUGCCUUACAACAUUGCUAUGGUCAGUGAUUUUUUCUUCCCUCAGCCAGGUGGGGUUGAAAGUCACAUCUACCAGUUGUCGACCAAACUCAUCGACCGCGGUCACAAAGUCAUAAUCAUUACGCAUGCAUACAAAGGACGCACUGGGGUCCGGUAUCUCACAAAUGGCCUCAAGGUUUACCAUGUCCCCUUCCUCGUCAUAUACCGAGAAACGACAAUGCCGACGGUCUUCUCUUUCUUCCCCAUAUUCCGCAACAUUGUCAUCCGGGAGCAAAUCCAAAUCGUCCAUGGUCAUGCAAGUCUGAGCUCUUUCUGCCAUGAAGCUAUACUUCACGCGCGCACCAUGGGACUGCGAACAGUAUUCACCGACCACUCUUUGUUUGGAUUUGCCGAUGCCGGAUCUAUCCUAACCAACAAGCUACUCAAAUUCGCUCUGAGCGAUGUUGAUCAUGUUAUCUGUGUCAGUCAUACAUGCAAGGAAAACACCGUGCUCCGGGCAUCUUUAGACCCCUUGAUGGUCUCUGUAAUCCCAAAUGCGGUGGUCGCGGAAAACUUCCGGCCACUUUCAUCCCCGUCUCGUAUAAAUGAGCGUCCAUCAGGGCAGUUGCAGGAGCUACAACCUACGCCGGCGCCGAUGGGACCCGAUGACAUUAUCACUAUUGUUGUCAUCUCGCGGCUUUUCUACAAUAAGGGUACAGACCUUCUGAUCGCCGCGAUACCUCGAAUUUUAGCCUCACAUCCCAAUGUGCGAUUUAUCAUUGCCGGCUCAGGGCCCAAGGCCAUUGAUUUGGAGCAGAUGCUGGAGCGCAAUGUUUUACAAGACAAAGUGGAAAUGCUCGGCCCUGUUCGACAUGAGGACGUUCGUGACGUUAUGGUUCGAGGUCACAUAUAUCUCCAUCCUAGCUUGACGGAAGCUUUUGGCACGGUAAUUGUCGAGGCGGCCAGUUGUGGUCUCUACGUCGUUUGCACCCGUGUUGGUGGCAUCCCUGAAGUGCUCCCGCAGCAUAUGACAACUUACGCAAAACCGGAAGAAGAUGAUAUUGUCAUGGCUACUGGCAAGGCUAUCGCUGCUUUGCGCUCUAACAAGGUGCGGACUGAUCGAUUUCACGACCAAGUGAAGAUGAUGUACUCCUGGACGGAUGUGGCCCAGCGCACAGAGCGGGUUUAUAAAGGUAUCUCUGGCGGGAUCACCCCGGAGGAAUUCUAUGGAUACUAUCCCGGACAAGGCUGGGAAGCUAGUGGUGACCGAGUGCGAAGUUUCGCUCUAAUUGACCGUCUCAAGCGGUAUUACGGUUGCGGAGUCUGGGCCGGUAAACUGUUUUGCCUAUGCGUUGUGAUCGACUUUCUACUCUACGUCUUUUUGGAAAUGUGGUUUCCUCGAUCGAAUAUCGACAUUGCACGCAGCUGGCCUAAAAAGCUACAACAGAGUGAUCAACAACACACGAUCAAGCGCAAUGACCGAGGUCGCAUAGAAUCUGCGUCUUGAACAGACGGACUACUCAGUUUACAUCCUACUAGUCUGUUAGGAGAUUCGAGAAUACAUCGUUACCCGUAACACAUUAUGCCUGGAAUCGUUGUCUCUGGGUCUGGGGCUCGUAGUUCCACUCUCUGUCCAGAGUCGCCGCGCUCUCUGGCUCUCGAUCCUC